CGAAGCAGUGGUUAGACAAAUCAGGUAUUAUUGCGACCGUGAGAGCGAUAGAAAGGGAACCAAAUACACUCAACCCCCGGUGGUUGUUCACUUUUUCGCAGAGGCGAUUCGUGCCCGAAUGAAGUACCUGUUCAAUGUUAAACCAUUUUUUACAAGCUUUUUUCUUUCCAAUGGCUUUUAUUUUUACGUUUUAUUAUUUUUAUACCAUUAUAAUUUUCUGUUUAUGCAAAUAAUUAAUUAAAAUUAUGAUUAAGACUUUUUUAUCUCGUUAAAAUGUAUUUUUAAGACUUAAUCAUUAGCGUGGGGAAUGUGGAAAAAUAGAGCAAUCGCUCUGCCAUCCUUAUCGAAAUUCAAGGGAAGUUAUUGAAUAUUAUCUUUUUCACUGAGAUCUUUUCAAACACGCACGAAGCAAAAUGAUCAUUGUUCGGUCAAAACGUUCAUCGUUCGAUCAAAACGUUCAUCGUUUGUGAUAAACGAGAGAUAAUUGAAGGAAAAAUUUCCAUUUCCGGUCUCUUUUCGCUCGAUUCUCUCCCAUUUAUCGUCGAAUUCCUUCAUUUUCGUUACAUUCGCGUCCUAUUUCCUGCUACCUGAUUCCUGUCUACAUGCAUUUAUUUUUUUCAUUUUUUUAUUUUUUUUUUCAUUUUUUUACAAUUUGGAGUUAAUUGCUCAUUGUAAGUGCUCGUUUGAAAACAUACCAAUGAAAUCGAGAAUAUUAUACUGAAUUUUAAAAGUAUUCAUCAGGAUGUUCAGAGAAAAAAAAAUAUCCUUAACAAAAGAAAACUGUUUGUUGGGCUUAUUUUAAGCCCAAAUAAUAUUGUGCUAACUUGGUUACUAUUUAAAAAUUAAAUUGACAUUUUACUUUAUACUUUUUAGAACCAGGUCGUAUCGCUUUUGAUCCUUUGUAAAUUUUUUAGAGAAUUGAAUUUACUCACUGUUAUGUCCUCAUGGUUUUGGAAUUCAAUUUCCGAAUAAAAAGAAGGGCUUUUGAUGUUAAAAACAAAACUAUAUUGACAUGAAUCCGAGAUAAUUAAAAUAUUUGUUCACCUCCGUGUACGCACGAGUGCAAGCAGCAGUCAAGUGUUCAGUGCUCCGUCGUUAUUUCUAAAUUUUUCGCCGUAAUUUACCGUGAUUAGCCGCGAGUUUGCUUCACCAGUAUGCCAAGGGCCGGCCGUGGCCGUGGCAGUUCGAGUGCGGCCUCGAAAAACCCGCGAAGUUCGUCUACCGGCCGUGUGCAAAAAGGUAAACAAACCAACGCCGCGUCUUCCGCCAUCGCGCCGGGGAGUGUGUGCGCCAAAGGAUUCGACCCGAAAUUAUUACACGCCAAUUACCCCGUCCAGGAUCGCAGCCCUAUUAGGCUCCGUUCAGCUACUUCCGGCAAUCCGUCGACCGAUGGCGCAUCAACAUCCGCCAACAUUCCCACCAGUAACAAGUUCGCGAGACUGAGUGACGUGGAAAGCAGCUACAACAACACCGACGGUAGCACUACCGACGACGAUGGUCGUGCACGGAAAAAAGUGCCGAUGCCAAAAAAAGUAAUUACUCCAAAGGAACGACGACCACCACCAAUUUUUGUUUUGGACACGUUGGCGGACGAUGUUGACGAGCAGCUGGAAGGCCUCGUGUACUGCCUCAAAAUAGGUAAAUCGUCAGUGCAAGUGUUCACGUUUGACCAAAAGAUCUUCGACCUGGUUGUGGAGAAAUUGAAGCGUAAAAACUUCAAAUUCUACACAUUUGACCCCGUGCAGAAGACCGCUGUAAAGAUCGUCUUGCAGGGGUACCAAGACCGCCCGACCUCCGUCCUCCAGGAGCACCUCUCGGGUGUCGGAAUAACGCCGCGAGGCAUAAAAGUCCUCUCGCGGAAGACAACCUUCACAGGUACACACACACACUGUACCUGUUGUACUUCGACCGCGGCACCGUCAAGAUUCAAGACCUGCGGCGGACUAAGGCGUUGGAUGAUUUUUGGGUAAACUGGUGGUUUUACUCCAAAAAUCCGUCGGACGCAGCGCAAUGUCACCGAUGCCAGAAAUUCGGCCACGGCUCGCGGAACUGCAACCUCCAGCCCCGCUGCGUGAAGUGCGGUGAGUCACACCUCUCGGAGGUGUGCGCACUGCCACGAAAGGCGGACUUGGGGGAAAACGUAGAACAAACCAAGCCGCGCGUAAAGUGCGCGAACUGCGGCGGUAACCAUACCGGUAAUUACCGCGGAUGCGUCGCACGUAAGUCCUACCUCGAGGAGCAGGAAAAGAGGAAGAAGAAAGCAGCAGCGUCCCACCCUCCUCAGCGAAGUACGAGUGCAGCCGUCCCUGCAGCUGGCCAGCGAACGGUUCCAGCGGACAAUUCAGCGUUCCUUCCUGGCUGGGGGCGAUCGUUUGCCAGCGUGGUCGCGGCCGGUAGCGGCAAUGCGGCCCAGUAAGAAGUCACCGGGGAAGAUCUCUUUACCCUGCCGGAGUUCUUUGCUCUCGCGGGGGAGAUGAUGACGCGGUUUCGGAGCUGCCGUAACAAGGCGGAGCAAUUUCUAGCCCUCGGGGAAUUAAUGAUUAAGCAUAUCUAUAAAGGAUAAAAAACUGUGAUCUAGUUUUAAGCUUUCUCUAUUUUUAUCCCUUUUUCCUAGCAAGUUUAGUAAUUUUUUUUCUUAAUUUUUCUUACUAUUGGUAACACCUUUAUUUACAAGCAAUAACUGUUCCAAAUUGGAUUAUGAUGUAACACACAGCUGAAAGGAGCUCCAAAACUCUGUUUUGUACAUCAAAUGAACUUAUUGUAUCUUGAUUAUUUACCAAUAAAAACGAAUUUGAAUUUGAAAAAAUUUGUUUUUAGCAUCAGUGAAAAAAUGUUUUCAGAACAAAUUCAUGCUACAAUAUAUGAUAAUAAUAUAUACAACUAGAGUGAACCGGGACUACAGACUGAAUAAACACAGUCGUUUUUGGAGCAUUUAAUGGCAUCAAAUCUUAAUUUUUUUAGGACUGCAUUCGCUUUAAAUAGAACCAUCCGAAAAAUAAAAUAACGAUCAUGGUUGAAUCUACUCAGUAGCACAGCACCUUUGAUAUUUUGCAAAACAAGGUGCUUAAAUCCCUUUCCUGGUCUACUGUUAUAAUUCUUGUAAUGUGUCCCGAUUCUGGAAAAAGCACAGUACUUUUUGUUAGGUGGCAACCGCGAGCAGCUUGGUGGCAACCGUUAACAACUGCAUAACAACGAUCGUAGGACACCGGCAAGGUGUCACCUUAAAUAAUUUUCAUUCCUACCUCAAACCAGUUACAAUAAAGAUCGUUUAUUUAAAGCUCCGCCUUUUAGGGCUCUUCUUGAAGAAGCAGUUCCAGGAGUUACGGCUGGUGGAGGGCGGUGAUGUUCCGGCUUUCCUGCUCAGUUUGAGAAGCUGCUACGCGAGUUGAAGGCGGCCGGGGUCAAGCUGGAGAAGGAGGAUAUUGUGUGCCAGUUGCUGUUGGCCCUGCCGAGAUCGUUCGACGCGCUGAUCACGGCGGUCGAGACGAUCGAGCCAAAGGACUUGACGCUCGAGUACGUCAAGAAAAGGGUCCUGGACGAGCAGGUCAAGCGGAGCGCGCAAGCUGCCCCGCAGGAUCCAGAAGAUGGAGGAUUGGGUGAGUCUAUGUUUGUCGGCAAGAGACGGGAAAUCAGGUGUUUGAUUGGUGCGCUGGAAGUGGGGACGCGAAGUCGUGAUUAUUCAGGUUAAUUUUUUUGUGUGCUUUUGUGUCGCUAUUCGUAUGGAGUGAGUGAUUGUGGUAAUCGAAUAAUAGCAUCAUUGGUUCGCUGGAAGUGGGGACGCGAAAUCGUGAUUAUUUAGGUUAAUUUUUUAGUGUGCUUUUGUGUCGCUAUUCGUAUGGAGUGAGUGAUUGUGGUAAUCGAAUAAUAGCAUCAUUGGUGCGCUGGAAGUGGGGACGCGAAAUCGUGAUUAUUCAGGUUAAUUUUUUUGUGUGCUUUUGUGUCGCUAUUCGUAUGGAGUGAGUGAUUGUGGUAAUCGAAUAAUAGCAUCAUUGGUGCGCUGGAAGUGGGGACGCGAAGUCGUGAUUAUUCAGGUUAAUUUUUUUGUGUGCUUUUGUGUCGCUAUUCGUAUGGAGUGAGUGAUUGUGGUAAUCGAAUAAUAGCAUCAUUGGUGCGCUGGAAGUGGGGACGCGAAGUCGUGAUUAUUCAGGUUAAUUUUUUUGUGUGCUUUUGUGUCGCUAUUCGUAUGGAGUGAGUGAUUGUGGUAAUCGAAUAAUAGCAUCAUUGGUGCGCUGGAAGUGGGGACGCGAAAUCGUGAUUAUUCAGGUUAAUUUUUUUGUGUGCUUUUGUGUCGCUAUUCGUAUGGAGUGAGUGAUUGUGGUAAUCGAAUAAUAGCAUCAUUGGUGCGCUGGAAGUGGGGACGCGAAGUCGUGAUUAUUCAGGUUAAUUUUUUUUGUGUGCUUUUGUGUCGCUAUUCGUAUGGAGUGAGUGAUUGUGGUAAUCGAAUAAUAGCAUCAUUGGUGCGCUGGAAGUGGGGACGCGAAGUCGUGAUUAUUCAGGUUAAUUUUUUUGUGUGCUUUUGUGUCGCUAUUCGUAUGGAGUGAGUGAUUGUGGUAAUCGAAUAAUAGCAUCAUUGGUGCGCUGGAAGUGGGGACGCGAAAUCGUGAUUAUUCAGGUUAAUUUUUUUGUGUGCUUUUGUGUCGCUAUUCGUAUGGAGUGAGUGAUUGUGGUAAUCGAAUAAUAGCAUCAUUGGUGCGCUGGAAGUGGGGACGCGAAGUCGUGAUUAUUCAGGUUAAUUUUUUUGUGUGCUUUUGUGUCGCUAUUCGUAUGGAGUGAGUGAUUGUGGUAAUCGAAUAAUAGCAUCAUUGGUUCGCUGGAAGUGGGGACGCGAAAUCGUGAUUAUUUAGGUUAAUUUUUUAGUGUGCUUUUGUGUCGCUAUUCGUAUGGAGUGAGUGAUUGUGGUAAUCGAAUAAUAGCAUCAUUGGUGCGCUGGAAGUGGGGACGCGAAGUCGUGAUUAUUCAGGUUAAUUUUUUUGUGUGCUUUUGUGUCGCUAUUCGUAUGGAGUGAGUGAUUGUGGUAAUCGAAUAAUAGCAUCAUUGGUUCGCUGGAAGUGGGGACGCGAAAUCGUGAUUAUUUAGGUUAAUUUUUUAGUGUGCUUUUGUGUCGCUAUUCGUAUGGAGUGAGUGAUUGUGGUAAUCGAAUAAUAGCAUCAUUGGUGCGCUGGAAGUGGGGACGCGAAAUCGUGAUUAUUCAGGUUAAUUUUUUGUGUGCUUUUGUGUCGCUAUUCGUAUGGAGUGAGUGAUUGUGGUAAUCGAAUAAUAGCAUCAUUGGUGCGCUGGAAGUGGGGACGCGAAAUCGUGAUUAUUCAGGUUAAUUUUUUUGUGUGCUUUUGUGUCGCUAUUCGUAUGGAGUGAGUGAUUGUGGUAAUCGAAUAAUAGCAUCAUUGGUGCGCUGGAAGUGGGGACGCGAAGUCGUGAUUAUUCAGGUUAAUUUUUUUGUGUGCUUUUGUGUCGCUAUUCGUAUGGAGUGAGUGAUUGUGGUAAUCGAAUAAUAGCAUCAUUGGUUCGCUGGAAGUGGGGACGCGAAAUCGUGAUUAUUUAGGUUAAUUUUUUAGUGUGCUUUUGUGUCGCUAUUCGUAUGGAGUGAGUGAUUGUGGUAAUCGAAUAAUAGCAUCAUUGGUGCGCUGGAAGUGGGGACGCGAAAUCGUGAUUAUUCAGGUUAAUUUUUUUGUGUGCUUUUGUGUCGCUAUUCGUAUGGAGUGAGUGAUUGUGGUAAUCGAAUAAUAGCAUCAUUGGUGCGCUGGAAGUGGGGACGCGAAGUCGUGAUUAUUCAGGUUAAUUUUUUUGUGUGCUUUUGUGUCGCUAUUCGUAUGGAGUGAGUGAUUGUGGUAAUCGAAUAAUAGCAUCAUUGGUGCGCUGGAAGUGGGGACGCGAAAUCGUGAUUAUUCAGGUUAAUUUUUUUUGUGCUUUUGUGUCGCUAUUCGUAUGGAGUGAGUGAUUGUGGUAAUCGAAUAAUAGCAUCAUUGGUGCGCUGGAAGUGGGGACGCGAAAUCGUGAUUAUUCAGGUUAAUUUUUUGUGUGCUUUUGUGUCGCUAUUCGUAUGGAGUGAGUGAUUGUGGUAAUCGAAUAAUAGCAUCAUUGGUGCGCUGGAAGUGGGGACGCGAAAUCGUGAUUAUUCAGGUUAAUUUUUUUGUGUGCUUUUGUGUCGCUAUUCGUAUGGAGUGAGUGAUUGUGGUAAUCGAAUAAUAGCAUCAUUGGUUCGCUGGAAGUGGGGACGCGAAAUCGUGAUUAUUCAGGUUAAUUUUUUAGUGUGCUUUUGUGUCGCUAUUCGUAUGGAGUGAGUGAUUGUGGUAAUCGAAUAAUAGCAUCAUUGGUGCGCUGGAAGUGGGGACGCGAAAUCGUGAUUAUUCAGGUUAAUUUUUUUGUGUGCUUUUGUGUCGCUAUUCGUAUGGAGUGAGUGAUUGUGGUAAUCGAAUAAUAGCAUCAUUGGUGCGCUGGAAGUGGGGACGCGAAGUCGUGAUUAUUCAGGUUAUUUUUUUUGUGUGCUUUUGUGUCGCUAUUCGUAUGGAGUGAGUGAUUGUGGUAAUCGAAUAAUAGCAACAUUGGUGCGCUGGAAGUGGGGACGCGAAAUCGUGAUUAUUUAGGUUAAUUUUUUUGUGUGCUUUUGUGUCGCUAUUCGUAUGGCGUGAGUGAUUGUGGUAAUCGAAUAAUAGCAUGACUUACUGAAUAGUUUGUGUCUUGAGCGUAAUUUUCGUUGAGUAAUUGGUGUUUUUUGUGAUUUUUUUUGUGAUCUUAAUUAAUUGUUUUGUGAUUUUCAAAGCCCUUCCUAUAUCAUCGUUGAUCGGAAGGCACGGCGUCGGGUAAAUUGUGUAUAUUUUUUUCGAAUAAGGUUUUAUUUUUUAUGGUGAAAAAGCCAUUUCUAUAUAAUGAUCGAAAGACGCACUGACAUUUUGGAUUAAUUAAUAGUGGAGUGAAAUAACUGUGUGUGAGUGACUUUGUUUGUUAACCAGAAAGACCUUCCCAUAGCAUCGUUGCUCGGAAGGCUCGCCGACGGGUUUGUUAUGAAAGUCCUCCCCAUAGCAUCGUAGCUCGGGAGGCAUCGAAAAGCCAAUACCUUAUCCUACUAACCCAAAAAAAAUAAUAAUCAUGUGAUGCUUGAAGGAGAUGCUGUGGAUUCAACGGUCUCAAGCGGUAUCAACAAGUAUAUAGCGAAAAACUGUGUGCUUGAUGAGUCUGCAACUUCAACUAUCGGACUAACAUUCCUCCCUUUCGUUGAACUGCAGGCUUCUUGGGAGGGCGCCGGUAUUGACUAAUAAAGUAGGGAUCUUCAGAGGUUAAACAGUGAACGGAUGGUUGGCUCCCACUGAUCAUUUUUGAUUCAUUGUUUAACUUCAGCUGAUCCGUCAAUAACGGAGUAGCAGCUCAUUGGCAGUCAACCAUGCUCAUGCUCAUGCUCAUGCUCAAGAGACGGGAAAUCAGGUGUUUCGGCUGCGGCCGGCCCGGUCACAAGCGAGCAGACUGCCCCGAUGGACGAUCGGACGAAAGGGAGCCAGAAUUCAAGUCCGGCAGGUUUGCGCGAAACCCGAGAAGUGGAGCCAACGUGACGACCGAAAACGAGAUCGCGUUUGGUGUUUUUUCGGCGGCGCCUGCUGCGAUGAACGGACGAAUCGAGUGGUACCUGGAUUCCGGAGCAACGGCUCACAUGGUGCGAGACAAGUUGCUCUUUGCGGAGCUGCGACCAUUGGAUCGGAACGUGCGGAUUGCUGUUGCCAAAUCUGGCCAAUCGCUGGUUGCAGAGUCGGCCGGUACCGUGCGGGUGAAGAUACUGCGGAACGGGAAGUGGCUAAAUGCAGUAGUCAACGACGUGCUGUACGUGUCGGAGUUGCAGUGCAAUCUGUUCUCGGUGCGGCGGCUCGAGGACAUCGGCAUGGAAGUGAAGAUCGCCGGAGGCGUCGUUUCCAUCGAAAAAGGUGGACGCGUGGUGUGCCGCGGUCGGCGAUCUGACCAAUUGUACGCGCUGGAUGUUUAUCGGAACGACGGAGCUGGUGGCACACGUGCUACUGCGAUGUCAUCCAAGAACGACGAAUACGAGUUGUGGCAUCGUCGGUUUGGCCAUCUUGAGGAGGCGAACAUGAGAAACCUCUGGAGGGACGAGAUGGUGGAGAGCUUUCCCAAGAUCAAGAACUGGCCAAGGCGAUGCGCGUGUGGGGUGAGUCUAGCAGCGAAGCAGACGAGAACCGUGAUAAGGAAGUCGGACGGGAAACGCGACAUGGUGUUUGACGAGCGCCGACAAGAUCAACCGAAAACAGCGGGGGCACCUAACCGGCCUGUGGUGCGGAUGAUCCGAGACGAGAAACCUGCUGUGGUUGAACCGGUUGAGGAGGAGCCUGUUGCUGCUGUUCCAUCAGAGCUACAACACGUCGUUGCAGAGCUGCCGGAAGACCAGGACGAGGCCGUAGAGGAUUCGUCUGGACGACAGCCGGUCGUUGCUGAGCUGGCGGAUGACGAGGGCGAGGAGGAACAUUCCGGCGCGCUCCCUUCGCAACCAGAACGUGACCACUGCCCAGCAGAAGGGUCCACGAGGCGCAGCGAACGGGAGCGCAGAACCCCGGGUAAGUUCCCUGGCCAUUGUAAACAGUUUGGCAGAAGUACUGUUGGUGGACGCAUUACAGAUUCCACCGAGGACGUCUUGAUUGUCUGCGCACGGAACACUGAGGCAGUCGUGGAGAACCUGGCGUCGACGAUUGAAGUUUUGAAGCGGAGUAAGAAGAAUGGCAUCAACAGUGAGUUGGAGUCAAGCGGGGCGAGGUCUACAACGUGGACCGGCAACCCAUCAAGAAGGCGGUCCAUGUGCCGACGAGCACGUGGACAGUUCGAAGCGAUCCAGACCAAGCUCGGACUCCGCGAUUGAGCGGGGGUGUUAGGUGGCAACCGCGAGCAGCUUGGUGGCAACCGUUAACAACUGCAUAACAACGAUCGUAGGACACCGGCAAGGUGUCACCUUAAAUAAUUUUCAUUCCUACCUCAAACCUGUUACAAUAAAGACCGUUUAUUUAAAGCUCCGCCUUUUACUUUUUUAUUUCAAUUGUUUCAAUUCAAUCUAUCAAUCACACUAUCUAAACUUAACAUUACAUCACUUUCCAGUAGAGCAAAAAUCCACUAGUAACCAAGAAGAUCGAAGAGGUUCAACGCGCGCAGUUGAACAUUUCAGUUCUAAAACAAGCCAUCACCAGUCUGCGCAAAACAGCCUGAUGCCUAAAAGUGCGCCAAAUAUAGAGCAAUAUCUGUCGUGCUAUCGCGCUCUCUCAUUUAUUCAUGCUCUCAACGUGCUGUCAACGCGAUGGCUUGUUUACCUUUUGCAUGCAGCUCCCUGGAGAGCUGAGCGAGCUAAGUCGGCUGGGGGCUGGGGGUGGCAUUUC